CCCCGUUGGGGAACGCGCCGCACCCGCAGCUGGAGAUCCCUCCCACCCAGUCCCGGUCCCGGCUCACGAGUCCGCCGCCCCGCCCGCCGAAUCCGCCGCCCUCCCUCCCCUCGCCAGCGCCGGAGAAGGGCCGUCCACACCUCCUCCCUCUCCGCCCACCGAACCCGCGACGCCUCCCCUCCCGUCCACUCUCCACCGCGCAGGCGAUCCGCCUUGGCCGCCGAUCUCCUCGCUGGAAUGGCCAAUUUUACUAAAAACUUCCAGUCUUCAAGCAAACCAGAUGGUGAAAAGAAAUACCAGGGUACAUUGGUUGCUUCUCCAGCAAAGGCCAUUUCACCAAAGACAAUAAAGCAUAUUGUGCCAAAACAAUUGAUCUUGAGCAGGGAGUCAACAGGUCAUGUGGCGUCGUUUUUGGUAAAGGUUAUUGCUCUUGAGGUAGUGAGGAGGAUUUCUAAAGCAAAAUGUCCUUUUGUAUGGAAUUCUAUUCAAGCACUGCAAGUUCUUGGAUAUCCUCCAUUUAGGUGGAUUCAAAGAUGGGCACCACUCAAAUUUGUUGUGCAAGGCAUUCAGAAAUUAUCCACUCCACUGCUGUUCCUAUCUGUCACAUCUGCACUAGGUGAUCUUUCAUCUAAGAGCGAUGAAGCUGAUGAUGGACCUAGUAGCACUACAGGAGCUCCUGACCUUCCUGCCGAAUCAAAUGAAACAUCAUCGAUUUCUGAUACAAGGGAGGCCACUGAUGGGGAUGGUACAAAGGAUAUUGUUGUUUCUGAGAAUUGGCUGGUGCUACUUUUCAAGGAACUUGAAAAACAAGGAAUCACUUUGCCUGAGAGGUUCAGUGAGGAUGAACUACGCAGAUUCCACAUGGCAGCAAAUGGUGACCUUUCAAUCUUGGUCUCUUCAGUUAAGAAGACAAUCCGUUGGAGGGAAACUUUUCACAUACUUACAUUGCAAGAACUUGAGAAAUGGUCCCAUUUGGUCUUUUGGCAUGGGUUUGACACUACACUUCGGCCUUGCUUAGUAAUCCGUCUUGGACUCGCGUGCUCUAGCAUAGCCCCUCGUGAUAGACCUUGUUUUGGGCAAGCAGUAGUUUCUCAGAUUGACCAUGGUAUUAUACAUUUGACCAACGAAGAAGAUCCAAGAAUUACUGUUUUGCUGGAUUGCCACGGGAUUUCUCCAUUCAAAUUUCCGAUGCAAAUGAUGAGGUCAUUUGUCAACUUGGUUCAAGAAAACUACCCAAAUCGUCUUGGAGUAUUAAUUGUUGUCCGUCUUCCUCCAGUUGUCAGAGUUAUUGCACAGACUUUUAUUCAACUCCUGAAACCAUCCACAAAGCAGAAGCUGCGUUUUGAGGGGGAAUCAUACAAAAAGACGUUAGCUGAGUUCUUACAGAUAGUGCCAGCUUUUCUUGGUGGCAAAUGCAACUGCUCACGAUGCAAGAAGCCUCGCGACAGUUCACUAAUCCAGGCAGGGGAGGGGAGCAGGAGCAGGAGCCUUACCAGCGCCGGCUCCAGAUCACGAGUCUCGGACAUGGACUUCGACGAGGAACUGGAGGAGCUUCCAUCCCCUUACAACUGCGAGAACGCGAUAAGGGCUGCGGUGGUCGGCCUCCUGAUGGUGUGGAUCUUUGUCGCGUUUCUCGCUGGGAUGAAUGACCCCCAGUCCAUGUCUUAGCCUCCCGGGUCUCUGUCACCCGACGGUUCAUUGUCUGCCAGUGCCAGUAGCAUAGCGUUACUGUAUGUUGUUUCUUUGAGGCUGACGGUAUGUUGUUUCUCGCACCAGUUCUUCUUCCGAAUUUCCUCUGCAAGCCGGCGUAUAGUGUCGUGCUGUGCCGGCCGCAAGAUUUAUAUAGUAGAUAUGAAUAAAGUUGUGCGUGUAUUCAGCAUGGUUCACUCGCAGUGUGAUAGGUGCUACUAUCACAACCCUUUUCGGCGGUUGUUGCUAGGUGUAGUUUGCCAAUGUAAUUUUGUACUUCAAGAGUAAAACAGAGGAUUGUAAAACCACUGGAUUUGUAGAAUUGUGGUGUUGAAUGGAGUACAAGAUUGCUGUUGCUGCUA